AUGUCCAAUCGCCUCCUCAAGAAAGACUCUCGCAACCGGAUCGGCGUUGGUCUGCUUCUCGUGGCCUACCAAAACUUGGACACUAUCCGCCCGAAAUGUAGCUUCAUUGCGCUGGCCUGCGGUCUCGAUUCGCCUCGCAUCUUCGAAACCCUUGGCGUCACAGACACCAAGUUUUUCGCCACGGGCUUAUACAGCAUUGCCAAGACUCUCGGUAUGGUCAUCUACUCCGUCUUGCUGGCUCGGAAGGUCGGUCGCCCCAACGGUCUCAUCGGGUCUCCCCCAAUGUGGUACAUCGGUGGUUACGUCUUCCGGCUUGUUUUUGCUGGCCAGGCCGCCACAGGCAACAUCGACCGUAACACAGGGAGUACACCGUGA